AUGGAGACUUUUAACAAUAAAAAACAAAACAACUUGAUGAUAGAGGAGGAUGCAAGCAUGGGGGAGGAUACAGGUGAUGAGCGGAAUUCAAACCGUAGGGCAAGAAUCCCGGGAAUCACGCUGGAAAGAGGGGACUCGCUAGCACCGGUGAGAUCCACAACGAGCGGACAGGACAACCGGUCCGAGGCUUCGACAAAGUCGUAUGAUUCGGAGGAAUCAAGUACGACCUUGUACGAAGAGGACGAAUUUGGCCGAGAGAUUAAAAAGGCCAGGAAACGUGGUCGACCAGUUACCACUGGCGACUACGAACGGAAGAAGAGGAGGGAUGCCUUAAGGCAGGAGGAACAGAGGAGGGAAAUGGAGAGGAUUGAGGAACAGAGAAUCCUCGAUGACUCAUAUGUCCCCCCGGAGACAAAAGCCAGUCUCAACAUCCCUAGUGUUGAGGACAUCAUGGAGGAGCUCCGCGAUGCCCCAACGCCGGACGUGUCGGCAGAGAUUAAAAAGGCCAGGAAACGUGGUCGACCAGUUACCACUGGCGACUACGAAAGGAAGAAGAGGAAGGAUGCGCUAAGACAGGAAGAAUCUAGAAGGGAGAUUGAGAGGCUAGAGGAACAAAGGAUCCUCGAUGACUCGUACGUCCCCCCAGAGACGAAGACCAGCCUUAACAUUCCAAGCAUGGAGGACAUUAUGGAGGAGCUCCGCGAUGCCUCCACGCCAGACGUAUCGGCAAGGGCCCUCGAACAUCUUCAAAGGGUCCAUAGGGUCGCGGCGGUUUCAAAGAACCUCAAGGGUACCUUUGUAAACCAGUUGAAGACAGCAGUUAACGUGGGGAAGGCCUGCGCCACAACUCUGGCCAUAAGAGCGCAGAACAUUGGCGCGCCAGAGGUAGAAAAGUCGGAGGCUGAGGAACUCCGCAAGCAGCUCAGGGCGAUUCGUAUGGAAAACCUUAGGCUGCAAAAGGAGGCGGAGCAGGCUAGGGAAAACCUGCGAAUGGCGAUGGAGUGCCAAAACGUAAAUUAUCCCAGCAAGACGGUAAAUACCUCAACCGUCCAGGAGGACAUGACAACAGACUUCCCUGUGAAUCAAGUGGAGUGUGAAGACUCAGUGGCAACGAGUGUCACUCUGCCUCCAAGGAAAGAAUGGCCGCAGGCAGCCAGGCCACCAAUCAAAGGCAUCCCCAAGGUCUUGGAAGACUGA